AGUGGUGAAGAGAGAGGAAGAAGACUUCGGCAGUGAAGUAGAGGGUGUGCGAGAAGUUACAGCCAAAAUGACAAAAACUGACGAUAAAAACUUUCUCCUUUUCUUGCUGCCAAAUCCAGUGCGCCACAACUCUUUUUGAGGCGUAUGCUACACCGGAGUUGUUUGAACACCAUGUGACACUUGGCCCCGGGGAGAAUUCCAACACUACGCGGGUCCUCUUGCCGAAGCGGGAUGAUGUUGGGGCGGUUCGCAAAUCACGAGGGCCCUCGACCAGCGCGUCGGGGUCGGCGUAUCGGGAAUUGUGUUGCGUUGUUGCUCGGAGUGGUGAGCGGAAUCGAAGGGCGAAGUUUGGGGAACAGGUUACACCUGUUCAACAUGCAGAACAGUGGGAAGGAGCGGGCGGACAAGAAGGAGGUCUACGAAUUCCGCGUCUCCAUGCGUCACGAUCCCAACAAAGUCGCCUUUCUCAGCUUCUCAACUUCAACUGGGUAAGGUGGAAGUUCAUUGUAAUAUCUAUCAUGUCGAAAAUGAAAAUGAGAAUCAUGAUCAAUUUUCUGCUGGUGUCUGUUGUGAUCCAAAUGUCGCAAUAAACGACUGAAGAGACUUCGGUAUCAUAGUUGCUUAAAUGAAAAACCCGCUGCUCCUUUGUUCAGGCUUGCGGAAAAGAAUAAGCAAGUGCCGCGGGCGGAAGAGAGCGAGAAGCAGAAGCAACAAGCGAUGACGCGCGACAUGUCGGUUGCCGUUUCGAACGCUCUAAUGGACGCUUUCCAGGCGGGCAAGGGGCAGCCUAAUGCGAACACGGGGUUUCACGUGAACAACGUCGGCGUGCAGACGAAGCAGGACAAAACCGGUUUCAAUGUGCGUGGCUACCUGAACAUGCCGAGCAGCAUCCAGUCCAGCAGCAAAUUUUUGGACGAUCUCAAAGCCAAGCUGCCCGGGGCGUUGUCCCAAGUCCAGAACCUUGAGAACGCCAAAGUAGACGAAGUCAGCAUUGUGCGGCUAGGUACUUACAGCUGCAUAAAGUAAGUUCUCCGCUACAAAAACUCAUUUGGUAUAUUCAGAAAUGAUGUAAACAUUAGAUGUCUUGUUCUUUUCACGGCUGGCUAGAAAUUCUAUGUAUAUCGAUCUGCUGAUGUUCAGAGCUUUGCAGCAGUGCGUGGCUGCCGAACGGGAAAACGGAGGAGGGAAAAAUGAGCUGCCCUGCGACGGUAGAGGAGACUAUGGCCUGCGGGAGUUCAGUCUGUACCCUAUCGGACAAAGACGCGUGCUGCACCGACGAAGCCACGAGCAGCCUGGCUACGUCGAGCACGAAGCAAGUCGGUCCGGUGUUACUCACGGGCAAUAUGUGCGUCAACAACGUGCUGCAGAUUGGCAAGGCAUGGCAGAUGGAGACCUCCGACGACCUGUGUCGGCAGCUUCCGUACACUCCUAGAGUGGUUCGAUAUUGAUUUUUCGUCUAAAAGCAAUUCGCAAGGAAGAGAGGAAAGCAAAAGUGUUAGCGUUCUUGAUUGAUGCAUUUCUUCAUGGCGGAAUCUUGCCUCCUUGCCUCCGUUGCAGAGUUCGUAAGGGCAAUCGUGCAAAAAUCGUAAAAAUUCAAGAAAACAUAAACAGCUACCAGGCCGAAAAGCCUACCACGAUGGCAGACUACAUGAUGAAUGCGGCGAAAAAUUUGCUGUCGGGUAGCGACGUGGCGAAGAAAGUGCAGUUGUCUUACGGGGUGUACAAGACCUUCUGCGUGCCGAGCAGCAUGAAGGGGGCGGCGAACAAGGGCACAAACCUCUUCUACCUCAACGUUGGCGGCUACCGUGGCGAAGAUGACAAACGGGAGAUUCUGGACCUGUUGAACAACAAAGACUUGAAGGCAGAAGUCUCGUCUCUGAUGGGCAACGUCGCAAUCACGGAUUUCGCUAUGGGCAGCGGCUUUCAGGAGGGAGAAAUCGAGUGGCCGAAAAUGCAGGUAGCUUUUUUUGCGGAUAAAGUUAAAGAUUAAGAGUAGUUUACUGCCGUCCACGAAGCUAGCAAGUUUGUGAAAAACAAAGUAGCAAGUUUUUGGAUUCAAGAGACUGUCACCUACUGUAGGCAAAGUUGAAACUACUGAUAUACACAGGAGCCCUGUCGAACCAAUCCAGACGGAACGAUGGGUGGCCUGUGUUACGUGAAGACGUUGGAUGCUACUCAGCACAACCGAAUCUGUCUACCUGCGCGUGCGACCAAAAAGACUAUACGCUCGAUACAACUUUGCAUAGAUAAUUUUCCCAUCUUCAUCACAUGCUUAGUAGAGGGAGAAUAUAGAUGCAAUA